AUGGCAGUUAAGAUCAAUUUGCCUCAACGCAGUAGUAUUGUUGGUGUUGAAGAUAUCUGCCAAAAUCUCUUCUCACCUUUUGGAACUGUUGUCGAAAAUCCUUCCCCAUCUUUAGUGCCCUCCGCUCAGAUAAAGAAGCUGCCACCGAACUCAGUGCAAGCAAACCAAGGAUCAGCUUUAAAGUAUUUAGAUGUUACUUUGAUGAGAGACUAUUAUGGCUCCGCCCCAUCGAAGCAAAAGGCAAACGCGGUGAUGAACAUGUUCGUUUGUGCACCAAGGAAACUAUUGCCUGCUGAGCACGGGACAAUUGAGGGGUUCUUUCCUGUUGAAAUUUUAGAGCGACAUCCCUAUACCACUCAGACAUUUAUUCCGUUGGGUCUUUCGAAGCUGGAAGCAAAGCAGGCAAGAUAUCUAGUCAUAGUUGCUCCGAGUUUGGGUCCCUCUUCAUUAGACAAGAAUCUUCCAGUGCCAACUGAGGCGGCUUUCGGUGAUCGAUUACCAGGUCGCGGUCUCCCUGACUUGACUAAGUUGAAAGCAUUCCUAGCUACGGGUGCUCAAGCUGUCACAUACGGAGCCGGAACGUGGCAUGCACCCAUGGUGGUUAUUGGGGACAACGCAAUCGAUUUUGUGGUUGUCCAGUUUGCCAAUGGUGUAGGAGUUGAAGACUGCCAAGAAGCAGAAUUAAAAACUGAGGGUGCAAGUCUUCUUAUUGCAGUUCCUAAUAUGACUGGGAAGGCUUCUUCGAAGCUAUGA